UAUCUAAUCAUUAUACGUGUGUACCCGGGACACUUUUACUCUUCAGAGAUUUUGUUAAAAUACUCUAAAGCGAUUUAGUAAUACAGUGCUACUUCAGAACAUUACCUACAUUUUUAAUUUAACUCAGAUCGAUUAAUUAAUUACGGCGAUACGUGGAUAUAAAAAUGAAUGAAUGUUCUAUGACAUAUUUUAACAAAAUUAAUUUAAAAACCCAUAUGUGUAUUUAAAAAAAUGGAAAUACCUACUUAUUUUAUUAUUUGUGUUAUGGUUUACUCGGCUCACUGAAUUUGGUCCCCUUUUUUGAUUUUCGGGUUUUUAAUUAUUUGUUCGCUAAUGUCCGGAUGUAAAAAAUGUUUGUUCGUCUUUUAUUUAUUUAUAAUUAAUUAAACAAAUGAUCACCCUUAAGUUUGCCUCCCUUACUAGAUAUCUUUAUUUUUAUCACGCAGAUUAAUUAAUUUUGAUCAAUUAUCGUUUGUUUGACAACUAUUGGUGAAUGUUCGAUCAUAAAAACAAUUAACACACAACAAAAUAAAGUGUUUAAAACGACAGCAAACUAAAAAAAUUAAACAGGUGAGAAGAUUGAGCACAAAAUGAUUUUGUGUUUUAUUCUUGAAGUCCCAUUUUCACGAAAAGAUCAAAUGAUAUAUCAUUUAUGUGCAUCAACUUGCUCCAUGACAAUACUUCCGUGCACAGUAUGAAGAAGAUCAGAAAAAUCUAAGCUACGGUGUGAUUUUUUCUUUGUUUAAUCAGUUAUAAUAGAUUUUAUUUCAUACCUUGUUUUAUUGCACACGAUUCGAAACAAAUUCAUGUCGUUAAAUCGGUCAUUCAACACAUUAAAAUAUUUGUGUAGUGCAUUGUGUAUCGGCUUAGGACACACCGAGUACAUUCGUGACUAUUUUAAAUAACAAAUGUAAAUAGCAACACUAUAUGACAAUUGGCAUAGAUUAUACAUAUGUGUAAUUAGCAACACUUAUUUAAAAUGUCACCACGUCUUAAAAUAUCAAGUUAUGUUAUUGAGAGGUUGUCUAAAAUCGACACAACAGAGAGUACAGGAUGUUUGUAUGGGCUGAUGUACGAUGGUACACUUCUAGUUGUCGGGUUCAGUUUAGAAUCGUUUGAAACAGAAACCGAAAAAAAUAGCUACAGCCAACUGUUACUUAAUUUCCCCGCCGAGAUAGAACUUUGCGGCGUCGUGAAGUUUGGGGAAACCUUAACCACUGAUUCAACAACAAAAGAGAUCUUACAGGAUGUAGAUAUUACAGAUAACCCAUUAAUUAUAAUAAUAAAUCGUGAGAAGGAUAUGAAAGCUCACUUUAUUGUUCAUGAUAAAUUUGAAGAAACGAAAUAUGAGGUUUUCAGUCCUGAAGAGUUGUGGAAACAGUUCCUUCAUGUACGUUUGAACACUGUGCUACCCCUGCGAUGUGAAGCUACCAUUGCUGGAGUUAAAAAUUCACUGCAAAAUAAGAGGAAAAAGAUUGCUUCAGGUCAAGUGUCAUUUCAUAUAGACAGUACACAAGUAUAUUUGUUUGGAGUAGCGUCAGAUGUGGGCUUGACUGGAACAAGCACAGAAGCUACUGUUGGGGAACUUGUUGAUUCAAUGAGUCCUGAACAGCCAUCGAAGAAAAAAAAAUACAAUAUCAAUAAUGCAGAAAUAUUACCGGUGAGUUUAAUACUAAAAGUGACAAAAGAUAUCUUGUCUGAUAAAUUAGUUAAAACAGCAGUAAAAAUGAUGACAACACAAAGAAAACCUGCUUUUUACAUCAGUAUGCCUCUCCGAAUAGACACCCUGGCUAUGAUACACCGAAAUACUAAAUUGCUUGAUCUUUAUAUUGUGUUAGUUGAAGCAGCGUGCAGGUCACUGAGGUUGAUGGAGAGUGUGUUGAUAGAACAACUUGGUCAAGAAGGUAUUGGUGAUGGAGGAGGUCUAAGGCUACCUGAAACAUUUCAUUAUCUACCACCAGAAAUAGGCCAUUUUAUUACCAGACUAAUACCUAAGGGGAAAUCUGAAGAUUGUAUGCAGAAAGAGAGGCGCACUCUCCACGAACAAUUGGGACUGCCACUACACAGGCCUGUGUUCCGUCGAGGUAACGCGUUCAUAGACAAAAGUGGAGGAUACUUAGUGAAUCCACAUGAAGCCAUGCCGAUACAAGCUUCAAAAUCUGACGUUACUGUAGCAUUAGUCAGAGGACGAUACGCAUACCAUCAUUACAUGCAAGACAACUUCAAUGACGAUGGUUGGGGUUGUGCUUAUCGCUCAAUGCAAACAAUUUUCUCUUGGUUUAGAUAUCAAGGUUACACUGAUGUUGAAGUACCCACCCAUAAAGAAAUUCAACAGUGCCUUGUCAAGAUUGGAGAUAAACAGUCAACAUUCAUUGGUUCAAAACAAUGGAUUGGAUCUACAGAAGUCAUGUUUUGUUUGGAAACUCUACUGGGUGUCCAAUCAAGGAUAAUUUUUGCAAAUACUGGGACUGAAUUACAAAGUUAUGCCCCAGAAUUAGUCCAUCAUUUUCAAACUCACGGUAGCCCCAUAAUGAUUGGUGGUGGUGUACUGGCACAUACUAUACUAGGGAUUGAAUACAACUCUAUUACUAACGAAACAAGAUAUCUCAUCUUAGACCCUCACUAUACUGGAGCUGAAGAUAUCACAACUGUUAUUAAUAAAGGAUGGUGCGGUUGGAAGAGUUCAGAUUUUUGGAAUAAAACUGCUCAUUAUAAUCUUUGUUUGCCACAAACAAGGCCAGCUAUUUGAAUGGUCUUAUUCUUUGUGUUCAGUGUGUAAUCUGUUUUUCUUUUCAAUUUACUGCCAGUUCACUCUGAAAUGUUAAGCUUUCAAUAUUUCAUUAGGUUAUUUAUCGCUCAUUAAAAUGUACUGUGAUAAUUAAAAAUUGGCUCUGCAGCCUUAUAAUUCCGUUCGCUUGCAUUUUGUUUAUUGUACAUUCUACUUGUGAUUGCCUGUUUGACUACCUACAUAAAAAGUUCAUUUGAAGAUAAUAACCUAUCAGUUAUUGUAUUUGAGAAUCCCAAAAUAAUUUUAAUAUAAAUCUAUAUGCAAAAAAAUAUACACUGCAGUGUUACACAAGAAACACAUUUUCCUUUGCAAGAACUGUAAGGGGAUUUAUAUUUUUGGGAUGAGAACCAUUGUCUACAUAAUCAAAUAUUACGUUGUCGUUGUAAAACUCUUCAUGAUAAUAAUUGUUUGCUUAUUUAGUCAUUUAAAGAAUAUUUGAUUGUUGUCACAUCAAUAUUAAAAAGGUUUAAGAUAAAUGGAAAUGUUAUAUUUUGUACCAAUUAUUAAAUUAUAAACCUAAA